AAGUGCUGAUCGCGACAAAACCGACAGCAGCAGCGGUAGAGUUCACAGGAGGCGCAGGGCUUGAGGUGCUCGCGAUAAAAACCAUGCGUGUCAGACAUCUCCAGACUCAUUUGCAGGACCAAGGCCUGGUCUACACCGGGAAGCUGAAUGAAUUGCGGAACGUCCACGUGGGUGUGGACGCCGUCUUUUGGCUUCGGUCCAUUCAAGCCCUGAAGGAUCCCUUCGCUGAUGCCCUGGGUGGCAUCCCUCCAGGUAUGUUUGGCUUCGUGGACAAAGAGCUUGAUGCGUUCAAAGAGGCUGGCAUUACGCCCCUCUUUGUGUUCCAGGGCGUGGCACCAGGACCGCAGCACUCGAUGUUCGUGAGCCGAAUGGAUCACCAAAUGGAUAUGGCGUGGAACUACCUGGCACAGGGAGAGAAGUCUUCUGCCCAGAAGUGCUUUGCCGUGUCGACGAGUCGCAUCAAUGGUGACUUUGUGUAUUUCAUUUACCAUCACCUUAGAAAUCGGGGCUACGAAUGCUUGCAGGCGCCCUACUUCGCUGGGGCCCAGCUGGCACACUUUGCCGAGCAGGGCGUGGUGCAGACCAUUUUUGGUCCCCCCGGGCUUCUGCUCUAUGGUGUGAAGUCUGUGGUGAUUCAUCUCAACUUUGGACAGCAAGCCUUCGAUUGGGUGGACCUUGGAAGCGUGCUUGAGAAGUGGAGCUUAUCUUGGGACGAGUUUGUGGAUGCGUGCAUGCUGGCAGGCACAGAGUAUUGCUUGACGUAUCCGUACUUGAACCUAAGUACCUUCCAGCCUCAGCAGCAGCAAGCUCCGCGCUUCAACUUUGAUGCGGCAGUGUACAUCAUCAAACAGGCGCCGUUGAUUAAUUGGAUGCAGACCUUUCCCACUGACGACAUGCGCAGUGACCAUGUAGAUGGAUACUGUAUUUGCAAGGUCCUGGUGCAGAACAGUCCCGUGUUGCACCUGGGCGACCAUGCCAUCCGCCCCUUGGGCGCCUGCAAGCAGGGCGGCACGCCCCCGCCGGUUCCAAAUGAUUUUGCCUCAAUCAUGGGACAGAAGUUGCCCCCGCGACUUUACUAUUUGAUGCUUCAUGGCAUCAUCUCUCAUAAGUUGCCCCAAGCCUUAGCAAAGGGCGAAUGGACGGACAAGAGUCAACCCUUGGUGGACACGCAGCAAUUCCGGGACUUGCUGAACGAAGUGGCGGAAUAUCGCCAGGUGGCCCUUGGUUUGGUGGCGCAGCAUUUGCACAAGAGCUUCCACAACAAAAAGAUUCUAUGCAAAGCCUUCUGGGAACCCUCGCAGAUUCGUCAAGCCCUGGGCACGGAUGCCAACAUCCCCGCCGAAGCCCGCAUCAUUACGCCGUCCAUUGAGACGGGCUUGCGGUGGCAAAUCCGUGGCCAAGCGGUGAAGAGGGAGAUGGAACGACAAGGUGUCAAUAAGGUGGACUUCCGGUUUUGCUUGAACUGGCAUGCCCAUGAAUUUGAGACGGACGGUCCUCUGAUGAAGGGCAUCACCGAUUCUUCCUCGUACCCCACCUUCGAUGGGGAUUUGUGGUCCCUGAACGCCUUGGUUCACUUUAUCGUUUUAGAAAAGUUGGACCUCAUUAGUAGCGAGGAUGGAGGAGCCACAGUCCUGAGUGACGUGCUGAAGGACACACCCAGCAUAUUGACAGAGCCCUGCUUGACGGCGUUGGAGCUGAUGAAGUUCGGACAGCUGACGGGCGAACCGUUUGAGGCUGCGGAUGAGACGAAGCCCUUCCCGCAGGAGAUCAAGUACCCGAGCAAUGCGACGCUGCAACCACAGGAUAGGGACAAGGUCUGUGGCAUGCUUUUGCUUUGCCGCGUGAUGUCUUUGGUGCCCAUGCGUCUGAAGAACGUCAUGUGGGACAGCGACGUGGACUUCGACCUGGCCGCCUUUCACGCCUUGGUGCGCGCGCUGAAGCGCACCCUGCGGCAGCUGGUCGAGGCGUCCCUGGCGCACGUGCUGCUGCAGGACUUGAGCAAGGUGAAGAUUUUGCCUGCAGGCUUCAUGUCCGCCACUCCCAUCAAGGACCAGUAUCCCAGCACCCCAGCGGAGCUACCCACCUUCAUGCUUCCCAGAGCGUGUAUGGGCAUUUUGGUGAAAUUUUUCCUCGAGUACCAGGGCAAAGAUUUAGAGACCUUCAAGACGGACGUGACGAAGCGUUUUCCCUGCUGCGUGCAACCCAUUGAUGACCUCCAAUUGGCCUUCACCUUCUGGGGCGACGUGCGGCGUUGUGUGGACACCGUGGCGGACACCCUGGGCGCCGAAGACCUCAGUGAGGACAUGCGAAAGGCCAGCGAGAUCUUGCAAAAGCAGCGGCAGAGAUUGAAUCUCUGAGUCUGUCGAUCGGAUCCUGCGCAAGCGAGGACAAGCCUGGCCACCUUGGGACAUGGUCUAUUUAAGCUUCAACAAAGGUACCC